GGGCGGAGAAAAAGGCGGAAGCAGGCGUUGGGAGAGGCGGUGGCUUCUGAGAAGAGGAGAGCUGGAGCGAGAUGGAAGUAGUUAGGUGUCCGGAGCAUGGGACUUUAUGUCUUCUGAAGACCGGCGUCCGAGAGGGCCCGAAUAAAGGAAAGAGCUUCUACGUGUGCCGGGCGGACACAUGCAACUUUGUGCGGACCACCGACACUCCUGUUUCUCACUGUUUAUGGCAUGAGGACUUUGUGGUAGAGCUUCAGGGUCUGUCUCUAUCACAGAGCAAGAAAGAAUAUAGGUUGUUCUUCCGAUGUGUUAAAAGUAAAGCAGAGGGGAAGCAGUGGUGUGGAAAUAUCCCAUGGCAGGAUCCUAAUUCUAAAGAACAUUCUGGAACCAGUAAGUCUCAGCAUGCCUCUGAGCCAUCUCACUAUCCUUCCAGCCAGCAGAGAAACCCGUUCAAGGUACUUGAUAAGAAUCAAGAACCAUCCGUCUGGAAACAGUUCAUCAAAGGUGAAGAUGAGGAAAAGACAGCUGAUAAGAAGCAAAGAGAAAAGGGAGACCCACUCCUGGAUCAGAAGAAGGAACAGAAGCUGGAAUCUAAGUGCUGGAUGGAGAAAGAGCUCUCAUUUGGCUUGGGAGUAAAGAAAAAAGAAUCUGCAGUUCAAGACAAGCAGCAAAGGGAGAAGACAGAGUUUCAGUGCGAAGCAAAGGAGAUAGAAGGGAUGCACAAAAGAAACCUUUUUGAGAUGAAAUUCAAACAGGUCCAUGGAAAUGUGCUCAGAGAACCAUCUGCAUUUCAGGUGAAGUCAGAUAGUGAGAGUCAUUCUGUCCAAAAAGAGUCAGAACCUCCGACAGAAAAGGAAACUAAGCCUUUGCCUCGAAUUGUUCACAGUCAACACUCAGUAAGCCAGCCCCUGAAAGGGAAGCACCUCAACAAGGAGCACCCUAAGAGCGGGGAGGCUGGAGAAACAAAGACAGGGAACGACCCAAGCACACAGACCCUCCAGAAGAGUCUGCCCCAGGGCCAUUUUCAGGCUCAGUCGGAGACCCGGGACAUGCCUGCUCCAGAGGAACCCACUGCUCAGCCUGCACCGCUGGCUACAGGGCGUCCCGCAGGAGGGAGGCGAGACGCUGACACAAGCAGUGCUGACAGUGAGGAAGAGGACGUUGUUUUUGUUUCGUCUAAGCCAGGGAGCCCCUUACUCUUUGACUUGCCUCCAGACACACAGGAGAAGAAGAACCUUAAACUCCCUGGUCAGAGUGAGCAAAGGAAAGUUUCUUCUGCCCCGAGUGUCUCCAAGAAGGGAGAACCUUCAGACCCAACAGCCCAACGUGUGUUCCUCACAUCACAACUGAAACAAAAGAAGAGCACACUGGCAUCGGUGAACAUCCAGGCUCUUCCAGACAAGGGUCAGAAGUUGUUCAAGCAAAUCCAGGAGCUGGAGGAAGCGCUCAGUGCCCUGGCCCUCUCCCCAGAGCAAGCAGACGCUAAGGAGAAGAGUAACACUCAGGAACCUCAGCAGAGUCACUUCACCAAAGAGACCACUGACCCUCCCCACUUGCUGCCUCCCAAGCCCCUGCAGGGUCAGGAUCCCUGGCCUCUGGGUUCUCGAGGACUGAAGGCUGACCACCAGGAAGCUGCUGGAGGGCCUGGUCAGUGCUGUAGAGGCUCUGUUAGCCAGAAUGGCCUUCACGCAGUGUGGAAGAUCACAAGUGAAGCCAUUGAUGAGCUGCAUCGAUCUCUUGAGUCGUGUCCUGGGGAGACCGCCAUGGCAGAGGAUCCAGCUGGGCUGAAGGUCUCUUUGCUGCCACACCAGAAGCAGGCAUUAGCCUGGCUGCUAUGGCGGGAAAGCCAGAAGCCACGAGGAGGAAUUUUGGCUGAUGAUAUGGGGUUAGGAAAAACCCUGACAAUGAUUGCACUCAUCCUGACCCAAAAGAAUCAAAAGAAAAGCGAAGAAAAGGACGAAACCACGGCUUUGACUUGGCUUUCCAAAAAUGACUCCUCUGAGUUCACUUCUCAUGGAACACUAAUCAUCUGUCCUGCCUCUCUGAUCCAUCAUUGGAAAAAUGAGGUGGAGAAACAUGUGAGCCACAACAGAUUAAGAGUCUGUCUGUAUCAUGGGCCAAACCGGAAUCAACAUGCAAAAGUCCUCUCCACAUACGACAUCGUGAUCACCACCUACAGCCUCCUGGCCAAGGAGAUCCCCACAGCAAAACAAGACGAGCAGAUCCCUGGUGCAAACCCCAGUGUGGAGGGUACGUCAUCACCUUUGCUUCGAGUAGUGUGGGCUCGAAUCAUAUUGGAUGAAGCUCACAACGUUAAGAAUCCCCGGGUGCAGACUUCCAUGGCCGUGUGUAAGCUCCAGGCGCAAGCCCGGUGGGCUGUCACUGGAACACCAAUUCAGAACAACUUGUUGGACAUGUAUUCACUGCUGAAAUUUCUCCGUUGUUCUCCAUUUGAUGAGUUUAAGCUGUGGAAGAGUCAAGUAGACAACGGCUCAAAGAAAGGAGGAGAACGGUUAAAUAUCUUAACCAGGACCCUUUUGCUGAGGAGAACAAAGGACCAGCUGGACUCCGCCGGCAAGCCCUUGGUGGUGCUGCCCCAGCGUAAAUUUCAGUUGCACCGUUUAAAACUCUCUGAAGACGAAGAGACUGUCUAUAGUGUCCUAUUUGCAAGAUCGAGGUUGGCUCUGCAGUACUAUCUAAAAAGACAUGAAAGUGGGAGCAACCAAUCUGGAAGAAGCCCUGACAAUCCAUUCAACAGAGUGGCCCAGGAGUUUGGGUCCCACGGGCCUGGGCCCUCCGCAGCAGCCAGCCGGGCGACCUCCAGCACCGUCCACAUCCUGUCACAGCUGCUGCGGCUCCGCCAGUGCUGCUGCCACCUCUCUCUGCUGAAGUCGGCCCUGGAUCCGACGGAGCUGAAGAGUGAAGGUCUGGCCCUCUCCCUGGAGGAGCAGCUCAGUGCCUUGACCUUGUCUGAAUUUCACGACUCAGAGCCGUCUGCCUCCGUUUCCCUUAAUGGCAAAUGCUUCAAGGUGGAGCUUUUUGAUGACAAGAGAGAGAGCACCAAGAUUUCAUCCCUGUUGGCAGAAUUGGAGGCAGUCCGAAGAAAUUCAGGGUCCCAAAAGAGUGUCAUUGUCUCUCAGUGGACCAGCAUGCUGAAGGUUAUAGCCUUGCAUCUUAAGAGAUGUGGAUUUACUUAUGCCACCAUCGAUGGCUCUGUCAACCCCAAACAGAGAAUGGACUUGGUAGAGGCAUUUAACAGCACCAGGGGCCCUCAGGUUAUGCUAAUUUCUCUCUUGGCUGGAGGUGUCGGUCUAAACCUGACUGGAGGAAACCAUCUUUUUCUUCUGGACAUGCACUGGAACCCAUCGCUCGAAGAUCAAGCUUGUGACCGAAUCUACCGAGUAGGGCAGCAGAAAGAUGUCGUCGUACACAAAUUUGUUUGUGAGGGAACAGUGGAAGAGAAGAUCUUGCAACUCCAAGAAAAAAAGAAAGAUUUAGCCAAACAGAUUCUAUCAGGAUCUGGAGAAUUUGUCACCAAGCUCUCCUUGGCUGACCUCAAAGUCCUUUUUGGCAUCUAACUUCCUGUUUUUCGGGCUCAGAAUAGUGCCACUGUUGGUUUGUACUCGGAUCUGGAGGGAACGACUUAACCCUGGUCCUUUGAGCUCUCCUUGGCUUUCAGUUUCACCUUCAAGCCUGAUGCCCUUCUCCAAGCGAGGAUGAAUUAUCAUGUUAACCAGCUAGGUAACCAGUCAUGUUAACCAAUCAGUGUAUUAAAUAAAACCAAUAAAGUGCUUCAGAUAAACAGCCCUGGGAGAGUUGGACCUAAGCCUCAGUAAAAACUCAGAAAGCCCUCUGCACCUUUUUCUUCUCAGCUGAUGGGGACCCAGUGUUGCUGCCUUUUCUAACAGGCUCCCUCCUAUCUCUUCAAUUCCUGCCCACAGGGCUGCUCCUAUAACCAUCUCUUCUAGACCAUUUUUCUAGAUUCCACAUAUAUGCAUUAAUAUGCAGUAUUUGUUUUCUCAUUUUGACUUACUUUACUUUGUUUGACAGUCUCUAGCCAUCUACAUCUCUGCAGAUUGAAAGGUUGUUGCUGAACAAUAAGACGCUGGGAUUUUUGGCCUCUGCAGGAGACUAAUUCAAUCCGGGGCCAGAGACGAGGCUGGGUUGCUCAGCGCUUUUGUGUAAUAAAGUUUUAUUAAAGUAUAAAGGAGAUAGAGAAAGCUUCUGACAUAGGCAUUAGAAGGGGGCAGAAAGAGUACCCCCCUGCUAGUCUUCAGCUGGAUGUUAUAUAGUCACUAGCAGUCUGUUAAUGAAAAGAAAGGAAUGUCUUAAAACUCAGAAUGGCACCAGGCCCCUCAUCCAUAAGUUGCAUUUUGUGAUAAUCUUGGCACCAGAUGAUUCAUCCCAGGCCAUAAAACAGUUGACUUAAAUCUUGUAGAAGGGCAGAUUACCAUACAAAUAGUUUCGUUUACAUAGAUUAGGGGAAUAAUAUCUGAGUAUAACAUACUGGUUUGUCAAGUAGGUUCUAAGCCAUUUGGCUGAACCAACUUGAAGACAGAGUCUGGGGUAAAUGCAUACCACAUUACCAUAGCUUAAGACAAACAUUUCCAUAAGAAAAAUGUAUUGGUUAACUCAAUGUUUGAGAAUAGUUAGCUUCAGGUGAAACCAGGUGUCAUGGCAACACAGUAUUUUAAGAGAAACCUUCUUUUAAAUUUGUAUAGAGAAGGAAAAAAAUAUCGCUAGUUUGUUUCCUCCCGCUUAAGAGAGACAAAAAUGUCUGGCACUUGCAGCUUAUUUCCUCCCUUUGGAGACCCCUGGCCUUCCUGCCUGUUACCCUCUCAAGAUGACUCUGUUUUAUUCCUUUUUGUGGCUAAUAUGCCAUUGUAUACAUGCACCACAUCAUCUUUAUCCAUUCCUCUAUUGAUCGAUGUUUAGGUUGCUUCCGUGUCUUGGCUAUGCUAUUGUAAAUAGCCAGGACAUAGAAGCAGUGAACACUGGUGUGCAUGUAUCUUUUUGAAUUAUGGUUUUUCCCUGGGUAUGUGAAAAAUGGGAUUGCUGGGUCAUACAGUAGUUCUGUCUUUAGUUUUUUAAGGUACCCCCAUACUGUUCUCCAUAGUGGCUGUCUCAGUUUACAUUCCCAGCAACAGUGCAAGAGGGUCCCCUUUUCUCCACACCCACUCCAGCUUUUAUUGUUUGUAGAUUUUUUAAUGAUGGCCAUUCUGACAGGUAUGAGGUGAUAUCUCAUUGUAGUUUCGAUUUACCUUUCUCUUAUAAUGAGCAAUGUUGAGCUUCUUUUUUUGUGUUGUUGGCCAUCUCUAUCUUCUUUGGAGAAAUAUCUAUUUAGGUCUUCCACCCGUUUUUUUUUUUUUUUUUUUUUUUUCCACCCGUUUUUUGAUUGGGUUGUUUGUCUUUUUUUUUUUUUUUUUUGGAUGUUGAGCCGCAUGAGCUGUUUGUGUAUAUUGGAGAUUAAUCCUUGGUCCGUUGCUUUGUUUGCAAAUAUUUUUCUGCCAUUCUGGGGGUUGUCUUUUCAUCUUGUUUAUGGUUUCCUUUGCUGUGCAAAAGCUUUUAAAUUUAAUUAGAUCCCAAUUGUUGAUUUUUGUUUCUGUUUUCAUUACUCUAGCAGGUGGGUCAAAAAAGAUCCUGGUGCUUUUGUCAAAAGAGUGUUCUGCCUAUAUUUUCCUCUAAGAGUUUUAUAGUAACCAUCUCUGUUUAGGCUGAGCAGAAGUGGGCUCCUACCUAAUACGUGGUUGGGUAGUAUUUAAUAAAACAAAAAAAGUAAUAAACCUAUUCCCUUCCUUAUUAUUGUAUCAUUUAGAAUUUGGUAUCAUAUCAUUUAUGUUAUCUCAUCAUUUUGUAUUGUUAUCAUGUAGUAUUUGUGUCAUUGUAGUUUUACACAUUUGCAGUAUAGAAGCACUUAGUCUCAUUGUUAUAUUCAGUAUUACUGAAUCAUACAGUAUUUUUAUUAUCAUUGGCAUAAUCCACUAAAUAUGUGUUUGAUGUGUAGCAGAGAUAAUGCAUUGUGUCCACUAAUCCCCAUGUCCCUUUCCCUCCUGACUACCAGAGACUACAUUUCCUUUUCUUCACUGCAGUUACACGGGUCAUAUUACUCAGUUCUAAGUCAGUGUGAAGAAGGAAUUCAUAGGGCCUGGACUCCGUCUCAGGCCUGUCCAUGCUGGUCGUGCAUGGCCACCUCUCCAGUGGACUCUGAACUCUGUGCUUAGCGCCUAUGGGAAUGACAAUAGAAGGAUAAGACCCCCUCUGGGCAGGGGAAUCUUGAAGAUCACAUCCAGCUUACUCAUUGCCUAAGAGGAAACAUACCGUAAUCACCCCUGCCUCCAGACAGGUCAUAAAUUUUUUCCGUAUCAGGAUGUAAUCACAGGCUUAUCGAUUAUUAACUGGUUGGAAAGUGACCAUGGGCUUAUUGAUUAUUAAUUGUUUGAACACAUAACACGUGAAUGAUGGGGUUAUUGUAGUUGUAUUUACCCUCCCUUUGUUUAUGUAAGUCUCAAGGAAAUUGGGGUGGUGGGUUUAGACACGUACACAUGGGGUAUAAAAGAUUUUCACAAAUGCUGGUCGGGGUCCUUGGCUAAGAGGAGAUUCUGCCUUGGGCCCGCGGUGUAAUAAACUGCACUCCACUAUCUGCAUUA